AGGUAACCUCUUCCCGCCGUUAAUCUCACGCGAAAAUGCCGUUGAUCGCAUUGCGUAUGUCAAAAUUGCCGGUGCCUCCAAAAUGUCCGAGACGCUCCGAAUUGAUUUCCUCGCCGUUGAGUGUCGGGAUAGGUUACAUACAACUUGGGUGGUUAAACGAGAUAAGAUUACAUCAUGUCGAAAAAGAUUAUUUGCCUGUUUGAUGUCGAUGGUACACUUACCGAACCACGCCAGCCAAUCAGUCCUAACAUUGAAAAGUUUCUCCUAGAGACUGUAAAAAAAGAAUUUGACAUCGCGGUAGUUGGAGGUUCUGAUUUAAAUAAGCUUCAAGAACAGCUAGGCGGUAAAAACUUCUUUGAAAAGUAUCACUAUGUCUUCGCGGAAAAUGGCCUUAUCGCUUUCAAAAAUAGCAAAGCUUUGCCCUCACAAUCGAUCCAGAAUAUGCUUGGAGAGGAUAGUCUGCAAGAUUUUAUAAAUUUCGCAUUACGAUACAUAUCUGAGCUGAAGCUACCAUUUAAGCGUGGAACAUUUGUAGAAUUCCGCACGGGCAUGUUGAAUAUUGCGCCAGUGGGACGAAAUUGCACCAAGAAAGAACGGGAACAAUUUAAUGAAUACGACAAUGAACAUCAUAUUCGUGAGAAAUUCAUACAAGCUCUUAAAAAAGAAUUUCCUGAUCUGGCUCUGACUUAUAGUAUCGGAGGACAAAUCUCUUUCGAUGUUUUCCCUAUCGGUUGGGAUAAAACGUAUUGCUUGCGCCAUAUUCAGGGAUAUGACGAGAUACACUUCUUCGGCGACAAAACGAUCGAGGGUGGUAAUGAUUACGAGAUUUAUGAGAGCGAUCUGACUGUAGGACACCGCGUUACUUGUCCCAAGGACACUAUCAACCAAUUAAACAUCCUAAUGACACGCGUAAAAGAGAACAGGGAGAAGGAACAGCUCAAUGUUUCAAUGCAAUGCAUCUAAGAGCUAAGGGUCUUAAGAACAGAAUAUUUUUCUAGGUCGAAAUAAAUUGGCCUUUUUAGCUUUAUAUAUACGUAUAAUUAUUGUACAAUAUGAAAUUUUCUUUUACUUUUUUUAUCGAUUGUUAGAUUCCUGAUAAAAAAAAUAUAGUACUUAACUCUCACAGUUUCAAAUAGAAUUUCUCAAUAUUAAAGUUCUAGGCACAAUUGUUUUCACGCACAUUUAGAAAUAUAUUUUUAUAUAUCUUUAAUUCUUUUUUUAUCACCUUUACUUGAUACACAGAAGUCAGGCAUUAAAUAAAAUAAGUUAUUGACAUAAUCAAUAGUAAUUUAUUUUUUGUUUAGAAACAAAUUCUAUUUUCGUAAGUCUUGUGCACAGACGAUCACGCAUAUAUCAUUGCAUUUAUGUAUCUAUAUGUACAUAUACAUAAAAUUACGUUAAACAAUAACAAUGUUAACAUAAGAAAAAAA